AUGGGCCAGGGCCCUGCUCAGGUCCGGGCGGCUUUGGUCCAGCACGUAGACGAACAGACGCGGGAGGAGCAGAGGCCCUCGUCUCAGCUCACCCUUUCCGAUACAACCGGGCUUCCAGCUCCGGAGGAGCCGUCAGAUGCGGAGGUAGAAGCGGAGGCAGAAGCGGACGUGGCAGAUGGGAUGGAGGCCCACAACCAGGAGAUCGCGCCAAAGGCGGGCACACAGGACGAAGAGUUGGAGGCCUGGCGCUUACGGGUCCAGCUCAUGAUGCUUCAGGAGGCCGCCGCCUCUUGCAUCUGGGACU